GGGUCACGGGGCGAGGGCGUGGAAUCCCCGAGAGCGGGAGGGGAAGCGGGCGGCUUGAAAAACGGGUCCAGCGAAGAAGGGCGCUCUAGGAAGUGAGCCGCCUUUUAUGGUUAGCUGUGGUCUACCCGAAGCCGGGGAGCAGGAGGAGAGCGGCAUAACUGGGGCUGGGUCGUAGCGCGAGCUGAAUUGGUGCUUGCAGUUCGGGUAAAUCCCGGUAAGUUGAGUGGAACUCUGGAGUCUGGACCCCCUAUAAUGGAGUCUAUAGAUUCUGAGUCGAAGCACAGCUACAUAGGAAGUUUUCUUCAGCCUCCAGAUAACAUAUACUCUGCAUUUGCUAACAUCAGAUCAAAGGAGGCAGCAGCUAUACAAAAAGACACUCCUGCACCAAACAACCAAGCUCUAGUGGCAGCUCUUAAAACUCUUCAGGAAAAGAUCCGCCGUCUUGAAUUAGAGAGGUCACAGGCUGAAGAGAACCUAAAUUGCUUGUCCAGAGAAGCUGCCCAGUAUAAAAAGGCCUUUCAGCAUGACUCCAAUGAGAAGGAUAUAACUCACCAGGGAAUGAUGCAAGAAAAGAAAGAUGUGAGCAUGCAGUUAAGUGCAGCACAGUCUCGCUGCUCUUUGCUGGAGAAACAACUAGAUUACAUGAGAAAAAUGAUGGUCAAUGCAGAGUUGGAAAAGAAACUUGUUCUAGAACAGCAGAUGCAGCUUCAGAAGGAAAAAGACCAGAAUCAGUUGGAGCUAUGUGCAAAACUUGACAAGCUUGAAAUUCUAGAAGAACAAUGCUGGAGACUUACUAGCACUCAGAAGACUGCAGAAGAAAAGAUCAGACACCUGGAACACAAGCUUCUGGAAGAGCAACACCAGCGCAAACUAAUUCAAGAUAAAGCUGCACAGCUCCAAACGGGACUUGAGAUGAAUAGAAUUCUUAUGUGUUCGCUUUCACCUCAGAAAGAAGCAAAUAAAAAAAGCAGGAAGAAGAAAGCCAUAAAGAAACCUUCUGGUUUGAGGAAAGCAUGCUGCUCACAGCCAUACCUACCAGCUGGGACACUACCUUUCGUUGCUGGGAAGUCUGCCAGCUCAAGUCACUCUGUUGUUGCAAAUGUUCAAAGCGUCUUGCAUAUGAUGAAAUAUCGUAGUCAGAGUGCAGCUUCACAGCGCCCAGAAGGAGCUGAAAAGAGGACUGGCAUGAGCAGACCUUCAUCUUGCUCCACAUCUUCCUCUGCUACUGAGCAUCUUUCAGAUCUUCUCUUGAUCAUGCAAGAUGAACUGGGACAAAUGAACUUUGAACAUCAAGAACUCCUAAAGCAGAUACAAGAAACACAAAACCAGGAGGUUCGGGAAGACCUAGAACGUGAACUAGAUGGUCUUGUGAAACAGAUGGAGGCUAAAGGAGAGCAGAUAUCAAAACUGAGAAAGCACCAAGAAAAUGUUUACAGACUGAGGCAAAAAGCUAAAAAACUGAAACAAAAAGCAGCCAAUUCAGCAUCAAGACCUAAUGGAUUAAAAGGAGCAAAGGAGACUGCAGCCGCUUCAAGAGCCAGUGUGAAUAGUACCUGUCCUGUGAAUAAAAGCACAAGUUCUCUCCAGCUAUUAAAAAGUGUUCAGAAGCUUCAAUCAGUAUUGAAGAAAGAUGAUAUUGUGUGGGAACCUUAGCUCUCAAAAUUGACUUAUAGAUAAAUGCCCAUUGAGAGCUGAUUUCAUUAUCUUGGCUUGAACAAAUCUGUUCAUUAAUGUCCCCUUAAAUUAUGCAGCUUAGUUUUGAAAUAAAUAUUUUUUCUUGUUUCUA